UUAUCGUGGAAGGUGUGAGGUUUCUCCUGUCGAUGCAUUAAACAUGCUUAGAUCAGGUAUAAAAAUUGGACCUGCAGAGCGGGAAGGAAAGUCGGUGUCUGAGUCUUCAGCAAGAAUUCUUCAGCAAGUUUCUUCAGAUUCGGCUAAAAUGGCUCGAGUGUUGGUGCUGCUCUCAGUGGUGGUGGUGAGUUUGUUCUUCAGUCAAGGAGCGACAUUCGAGAACCAGCGGCUCUUCAACAACGCCGUCAUCCGUGUGCAACACCUUCAUCAGCUGGCUGCCAAGAUGAUGGAUGACUUCGAGGAAGCUCUGUUACCUGAAGAACGCAAACAGCUGAGCAAGAUCUUCCCCCUGAGUUUCUGCAACUCAGACUCCAUCGAAGCUCCGGCAGGCAAAGACGAGACCCAGAAAAGCUCCGUGCUAAAACUCCUGCACACAUCCUACCGCCUGAUCGAGUCGUGGGAGUUCCCCAGCAAGAACCUCGGCAACCCCAACCAUAUCUCUGAGAAGCUGGCUGACCUGAAGAUGGGCAUCGGCGUGCUUAUCGAGGGAUGUCUGGACGGACAGACCAGCCUGGACGAGAACGACUCUCUGGCUCCACCUUUUGAGGAUUUCUACCAGACCUUGAGCGAGGGAAACCUGAGGAAGAGCUUCCGUCUGCUGUCCUGCUUCAAGAAGGACAUGCACAAAGUGGAAACCUAUCUGAGCGUGGCCAAGUGCAGGAGAUCCCUGGAUUCCAACUGCACCCUGUAGGAGAAUGAGAGAGAGAGAGAGAGAGAGAGAGAGAGAGAGAGCGAAAGGAAGCCACAGUCUGGGAUCUGAGAAACGUUUGAAUAGAUUUAAAUAGAAAAUCUGUCCAUGACUAUCAGCUUUCUUUCUCUCUUUUUUUCUUCUUCUUUUCUUUCUUUGGGUCUCCACUUCUCACUUUAUUUUCUGUAUUUAUUCUACUUACCAUGGAAAAACGCACCUUCAGUCACCUGUUUAGCAGAUUUCUUUGUCUUUAUAGCUGUCAAAUGGAACCAGUUUCACAAUGGUGCUAUGCAAAUCCAGCUUUAUAUCAAAUAACGACUAAGAAACUUUGGAUAAUCUGAUUAAACAAAUCAAACUUUAAAAACUUUCGACGAAGCUCCUGGCCAACGAAUGUGAAAUAUUCAGAGUGUAUAUUUUCCUAUCGAAGUCUAUACUCUUCAUUUUUAUUAUUCAGCUUUGACUGUGUGAAAAUCUCUCUGUGUGUGUGUUUUUUGUGGAUUUCCAAUAAAGUUAAUCUCUGCAUUACAA